CCCGCGAGCCCCCCGGGAUGGCGUGCAGCGCGUGUUACUACCUGGUUAUCAGCUCCACACACCUGAGCAAUGGACACUUUCGGCGCGUUAAGGGGGUCUUCAGAGGACCGCUGUGUCCAACCGCAAGCAGUGAUUCACCGAUCAGCAGUCUUGAAGGUCAAGAUCACCAGAUGAAGAAUUCUGAAAAACCUUUGGAGCGUGCAGAGAGGGCUUUGGGCUGCUCAGUGGAGGAUCUGAAGGCUCUUUUCUACUGUGAGCUGUGUGACAAGCAGUACCUCAGACACCAGGAGUUUGACAAUCACAUCAACUCCUACGACCAUGCACACAAGCAGAGGCUGAAGGAACUCAAGCACAGGGAGUUUGCACGCAACGUGGCCUCAAAAUCAUGGAAGGACCAGCGCAAACAGGAGAAGGCUAUCAGACGGCUGCACCAGCUAGCACAGCUGCAACAGGAAACUCAGCGAUGCAGAGUCCCAGGAAGGUCUUAUGGGCUAAGAAGUACAGUCCGGGUUGUGAGUCAGCAGCAAGACAGAAACAUGGACCAAAGAGACCACAGUCCUGAGGACAAACCUGAACCCUUCAACCACACCCUGAGGCCCCCUGCUACACAACCAAGGACAGCUCCUCUCCGCCACCAGACAGAAAAUCCUUGCCAAUCUCCUCCCCAAAUACCACUGGCCACUCUUGCAGAGUCCCCGCUAAUCACACAUCCGGCAUCCAAUACAGACUCUCCAGCAGUGAACCCCGAGUCUCGCCUGGGCUUGUAUUCCCAGCUGCCACUCCCUGGACGGGGGAGAGUGGGAGGCAGGCUCGGGGUGUCCUUCUGCUUCUCACGGAGGGGGCCCAGGCUGGAGCCUUCCGCCUCUGUCUUCUCGGACCAAGAGGAAGAGGAGAGAGAGAAGAGGGAACAAAUGAAAGAAAGGAUAAAGGGAAUAAUGGAAGAUAUAGACAGGGAAAUUGGGGCAGCAGAGGAGAGGAAACGUGGUGAGAGUGCAGAGCCGAAGUCCAGAUCUGACAGUGCUGGACCAGGCGACAUGCUGACAAUCCCCAGAGAGGCUGUGAGAGAAGAGGAGGAAAUUGAAAAAAGGCACAGUGUGCACUCCACUGCAGCACCUGAUAAUCAGAGCCAUGAUUCACUAUUCUUGCCAUCACAGAACCAGGUGAACAUAAGGGGCACAGCAGUGACAGGGGCACACAUAGACAGUGAACACACAGACAGUGAGAAAGAGAGAAAGCAAGAAGCAGAACAAGGGAACAAGGACAAUCCGUAUAUGUGUGUGGUUGGAAAAGAUGGCUCUACCUGUCUGAGAUGGCCUGUCAGUUUGCUUAAGUUCACCAAGUCUCAACCAUACAUCUCCUACAGCUGCAGCCCACUCUGCCCCCAAGACCCAGAACAACGCACAGAUGAUCAACAGGAGCCACAACAAAAUCCAUUAUGCGCUCCCUCAGACGAAUCAUGUGUGCCAGCUAUUCUUACACCAGACACCAACUCCUGUUUACAAAGACAGACAAGACAUGAGCUGAGAGCACACAGACAGAAAAAAGCUGGUGAGAAUGUCAAGGCAGAGCCACAUAUCGAUGUGGAGACAGAAGCACACCUGUUCCUAAAGAACAAAAACCUUUCAUCAUCAGAAAAAGGACGAUGCAUGCUAAGUAUGGAGAAUUGUGUGAGGGCAGCCUCCCAUCCAUUUGACCCUGCUCAUAGUGACAGCUCUGACACAAACUCCCAGAAUCCUCCGGGAGGCAGAUUAGGGGGUGCAAGAAGGAUCAGGGAGAGAGCCAUCACAGACCUGAGCUGUAAAUUAGAGUCUGUCACCCAGCAUGGCACACAGAGGAUAUGCAUCAGCCCGUCCAGGUGUAAGUGUGGGAGUGAGACAAUGUGCGAGUGUGCCAGUGCUCCGCAGCCGUACGUGGGUGUCUCUGAAGUGUCACGCAAAGAGAGGAAAGCCAGCACAAAGAAACACAAGCUGGGAAAGAGGAAGAGGGGCGAGAAGGAAAAAGCUUCAAACAAGCGCCAAUCAGCAAGGUGCAAAGUGAGGAGUGUUGUCUCUACAGUCUCCACUGGCAGAGAUAGAAGAGGAGAAGCUGGAGGGAGCCGCGGGAAGAAAAGGAGGCAAAGGGAGACCGGGGAGAUGAAGAGGAGGAGGGUGCAGAGAGCAGGGAGCAGCUGUCUCCUGGGGAGAUGUGAGGCUGAGCCAGUAUCUGUCUCUGUCAGGAAGAGGAGGCCUCACAGGAGCCACAGCUCUGAAUCCCAGUCACAGCCAGACAGAGAGCAGGCAGAGCACUGCAGUGCCUACUCCCAGCUCACCAGACACACAGCAGACAGAGACACAGAGGGGGAGGGAAAGCGAGACAGAGGUGCGGUGACUUUUCCCUGGCGGUCUCACUUCACCAUACAUUCCUUCUCACCAGGAUGUAACUCAAAGCUGUUUUGGGAAAGGGGUCACCAUAGCAACCCCAGGAGUUUCAUUGACUGCAGUUACCCUGACAACAGCUGUGGUAGCAGCCCGGCGAGAAAGAGAAAACUCCUCCACAGGGACAGGAAAUUCAUUCAUAGUAACAGGAAGAGUUCGGGGCGUUGUGAAGUCUGGGAGGAGACAGAUAGGGGGAGGAAAAUGGGAGGGCGAACAGGUUGCAGGGACAGAGUUUUGAUUUCAGAUACAGAACAGUGGGACUGGAUGAGAGGGAGCUGUCCUGGAGCUAGUGAGGAGGGCAGGCCAAGAGCUGAAUGGAGAUCGAGAAACAGAGCAGUAGAAUGGGAUCGAGUGAGUAGGUUCAGCCCCAGUCCUAGCAGCAGGGGCAGGAGAAGCAGAAAUGUAAGCACAGAAGACAUAGACUGGGACAGAUGCAGCUGGGACAGAUGGACGUGGGGUAGCAGCGACAGCUGGGAAGACAGGGGGACAUACAGGUCUACGUCGGGCUCUAGGACAGGGGUUGACAGCAGAGAUAGCCCAGGUGGUGUGUGGAGGUGUUCAGGCACCAGACGCUCAAGCUCUAGACACUUAUCAAGUCCGGAGUGGUGGACAAGCAGGCAGAUCUACAGCCCACAGAGUGUGUACAACACACAGGCAAGCAGUUGCCACAGUCCACGCUCCUGCAGCCCCUGCAGCCCCCGCAGCAGCACCAGCAUGUCUGAGUUGAGCUGGGAGUGGAGCAGGAGCAGCACCUGCUCAGGAAUCACAGUGGAUGGGUUGACAGUUAACUCCUGCAGGAUGUCCUCAGGAGCUCCGGGACUCUCACCUGAGGCCCCUCAGGAGACAAAGAAGCAGAGCAGCCCCACAUCCACUUCAUCUGUCCUUACUUCAAGCUCCUUCGUUCAUUCCUCGCCCAACAGAUCCUCAUUUGCUCCCACAGUCCCAGGUCUCAACACACACCAUGGUGACAGCAGUCCUUCACAACUUAAGGAGCUCAAUUCACAGCCUGACCUUGGCCAUGGUCCCUCUGCCCCUGUCACCACAUGCAGCUCAGGCACAUCCCCUCCAAGACAAUCCCCCAGUGAUUCUGCGCCACAGAAACCAGCCAGGACGUUGCUUCUCCCUCUUAUAGGGAAACUACCUGCAAUCCAGAGAAAGGCUAGGAGGAAAAAGGGACUGCUGGAGAAGAGUCAGGAGAAGGAGGGAGAGGAAGAGGGGGAGGCUAGAGUGGACACCAGAGCAGUCGUCAACAGUCAUAAAUGUCCUCUGGACAUGGUUGAGUCAAACCCCAGCAGCACACCAAAUCUCUGCCUGUCAGAGAUUAGGACUGAUGACAAACAGACAGGUGGAGAGACAGCUCCGCCAAUCAGCUUUACUGCAGAGGAGAUGGACAAAUAUCGCUUCCUGCAAGAGCAGGCGAGAGAACACAUGCAGAAAGUCCUGGAACAGACGCAAGAGAGAGCGGAUUCGCACAUAGAGACAAACUACACACAUGCCGCACAGAUAGAGAACUGUGGGACUUCAGAAGAGCAAUACACACCUACACCCUUGCACAACCCUCCACAGCCUCAAACCCAGUCACUUCACACAGACACGAUGCAAACACAAGCGCAGCACAGCCUUCAAGUCAGUCUCCCACUUCCACACGUGAGCCCACAAGAGAACUAUACUCAUCCUGUGGCUUUGGGUGUCCGCAACCUCCCCCCUCUACCGCUAUCUCCCCCUCUCUCUAGCCUCCAUCAUAUCAUUUUACAACACACAGCCCUCUCCAUGCCCCCCUCCUCCUCCUCCUCAUCCUCUUCCACCUCACCUCCCUCUCCUGCCGUCCACCCACACCCAGCUCGGCUCCCUCACCCACUGCCCCCUCUUCACCCGUCCCUACCUCAUCACCUUCACCUCUCUCCCUUCUCCAUCUCCUCUCUGUUUCCCUCCAUCCUGCUGUCCCAUCAUCCCAUCCCUCUCCUCCCUCCGUCCCCUGCUUUCCACGCGACCCCUCUCGCUCCUCUCUCCCCAGUAGCCCUACAACCGUUGAACCCACAGCCUUUCAUGGACAGAGCAUGGCCAGUGAGGUUUCAACAGAAGGCGUUAUGAUUUUCACAGAGUGGCUGCCAUGUUUAUUAAUCUUCCUUGGCAACACAGACUAGAGAGAGAGAGAGGAUUUUUUUGGUUUGGACAAAAGCCUGCUAUUUGAAAUGGGGAUGUAUCAGUGCUUUUACAAGCUUCAGCUCCAUCUCUUAUUCACAUAUGCCCUCACACACUCACACGCAUGCAUACACACACACAGUCCGACUAUUGACUGUUUUCAAAUGAAAUUUUAUUUCUCCAUUUAGCCUCUGCUGUGUGCAGCAGACAGUGAGAGAACUGACUUUGAUCCUUUUGCUUUUUCUAUCAUUCCUCAUUCAGGCCCAGAAUAAAGAAAAAGACACACCUGCUAUUCAAAGACAAGCAUGGGCUUGUGUCAUCCUCUCUCUUUCCUUCUGAACCACAGACAGACCAGCUGCCUUUUGAAGUAUCCUUCAUGCCAGGGACAGAGGGGCAAGAGAAAGCGAUAAUACUAUUCCCUUAUCUCCAUUUCAUACAGGUUAUCUGAGUUAAAGUGUGACUUUCAACAAACAUAAAUAAUGUUCCAGGGACUGGGGGGCAUAGCAAAGCCAUUUUAACCUUGGUGUAUACUGUAUAGAUAGAGGUAAUUCUGGACACACACACAUACACAGUAGGGAAGGACAACAACUAAUUUCCAUAUCUGACACAUGUAAAGACCUGUUUUGUCUCUAUAGUGUAAAUAUUCUGACAGUGAGUGAUAACAUUAGAAUCAUGGAAAACAAUAAAAAUA